AUGAGAAAAAACUAAACCACAAUAAAAACAAGACCUUCUAGAGCCAUCUCACAAGUAGAUAAUAUACGAUCAUUCUCUUAGGCUAAAGAUCCACGAGAAUCUUAAUUCCCAAUCAUUGAACAGAAACCAACUAAACCUUCUUCUGUUAUUAGAAGUUCAAAAAAAUCAUUAGACUUUAAUCGUCUAAUCAGAAAUCCAAAAUUAAAUGAUAGUAAAAUAGAUGAAGCUUUAGUGGCAGAUCUAAGUUUCAAAAAGAUCGAAAUUAAGGAUGCCAAACUUUAGAAGAAUUCUCCUUAAAAACAUAAUUUGCACUUAACAUCUGAAACUAGUUAAGUAGAAGUGGAAUUUAGAGCUUCUACUCCACCAAGAAAAAAUAGAAAAGAAGGACAAGAUUUUAAUGCCAGAUCUGAAUGUAAUCAAAUCAUUUACUUAAGCUUUUGCUACUUUAGAACCUAUGCAUCAUGCAGAAGAAACUUUAGCAGAAAAUCUAAGAAUCUUCAUUAAAAUAUAUGAAAUCAUGAAUAGCCUUUUAAAUUCAAUGAAAAAAGUAAGAGUUUGAAACUAAUAAAGUAAGAAUACUACUCUAGAACUAAUAAAUUAAAUCAAUCAAUACAUGGAAUUAACUGAAGAUAUUGGAUUUUAAUAUAUAGAAGAGUUAUUAUAAGAACAUGUAAAAUAAAUUAGAUAAAUAUUUUUGAUUUUGAGAGUUGGAGUAAUUCUAUAUCUAUAUCAUAGAUUGUUGUCUUAGUUAAUUGCUUUUUUGAUUUACAUUUCUAUUUAAGUAGUAUUAGUAAUAUUAAGAAUAUAUUACAGUAUAAUAUUUAAAAUUUAAGCCAUCUUUCUGAUAUUUUACUUGAAAAACUUAAAGAGAAACCUGAAUAUCCUUAAUAUUUGUAGUAAUAUACUUAGUUAUAAUUUAAUAUCAACAAGAAAAAUGUAUUAACUAAAAAACAUGAUUAUUGGACCUCUGUAAAAUAAAACUUAGAACUAUUACUGAAUCUUUAUAAAUCUCUAACAAAAAGCUAAAGAGAUUUGUAUUAAUUUUUAAUCAUCUUUCUAAGAAGUUUAUAAAAUUAUACAAUAAAAGAAUCUUUGAGAAAUUUACAGGAAUUUGUUUCAUUUUAUUUCACAAUUCAACAAAGUUAUUAAGGUUUAUUAGGAAUUCCAUUAAUUUGUGUAGCUCCUUCUCCAUACCUUCCUUACACAAAUCCAAAAACAUAUACUUUGGUUUUAGACAUGGAUGAAACUUUAAUACAUUUUACUGAUUAAACAGGUCAUUUCUUAAUAAGACCAUUUGCUCAUUAAUUUUUAUAAGAGAUGAGUUAAUUUUAUGAAUUAGUUGUAUUUACAGCUGGUUUACCUGAUUAUGCAAAUUGGGUUUUAGAUCAAGUUGAUAAAAAUAAGAAUAUAUCAUAUCGAUUAUUCAGAUAGCAUGCUUUGCAAUAUUCAAAUUAAUUUAUUAAAGAUCUUUCAAGAUUGGGAAGAGAUCUUUCAAAAUGUAUCAUAGUUGAUAAUGUUCCUGAUAAUUUUUAAAAUUAACCAGAAAAUGGAAUAUUUAUAAAAACAUGGUACAGUGAUUAAAAUGAUACAGCGUUAGCAGAAUUAGGACCAAUUUUGAAAUCAAUAGUUAUAAAAAAAGCAGAAGAUGUUCGUUUAGCCUUAAAAGAAGUUAGAAAAAUGUUGACAUAAAGUAUACAACUACCUCCAUUGUAGGGGUGA